AUGAUGGCCGAAAACGAACUCGAGGUCCGCUUCCGCUUGCCUGAUAGAGAGAGAUCACAUAUGACAAUCGAGGAGAGCGCAGGAAUCUGCCGCCAGUCGUUCAACCAAUGCCUCACAUAUUUUGACAUGCUCUCCCCGAAACAGCAGUCAGCUAUUGAGGAUCAGCUAGGGAGAUUCUCGAUCUGGGCCUUCAGCAUUGGUGUUUUUGCUUCUUACCGAGCGUCUCUCGAUUAUCGCCUUCGUGGUGUGGGUGAGAUACAGCGGCUAGUAAGGCGACUUCUACAGACAUUGGACGAGCAUAUUCAGCAAUAUUUAUCAUACCUCAAACCCCUCGACAUUGAUUCAACAACAAACAAACCAAGACAAAAUAUCAUUACCUCAGCAAUCAAUGAUGACCUUGACUCGGCGAUCUGUGACAUCUCGGAAGAAAUUGGCUUGUUGCAUCAACUUUCCAAUACAAUCCGCAAAGCGAGUAGGGAAACUCAUACCCUCAAGGCUGCAAAUUCCUUUGUCAUUAGAGAUGAAGAAGGCAAUGACUACGGAUCUGCAUUCAGAGACCUUUUUGCGUUGGAGCUUAUUCGUUGGAGGUUUCCAGAGUGCGACGAGACAAUAAAACAACGACUGGCUACUGCAAUGUUGCUCCGCCGAAAACGAAUUCUUUAUCGACGCUCGCGAUACGGUGGAUUUCCGUCCAGCAAUGAUGCAUCAUCAAACAUCGAACAAGCCCAGAAUACUACCCAAGAAGAGUCCAUACAAGAACACGGACAGAAAAAAAGUGAUGUUAAGUCUCAAACUAACACUGCGACUACUCUUCAUAUAGAGCAGUGGAGAAGAGCGUCAACUCCUUCGGUGAUAAGCAGACCUAACACGAUCCGCCUGAGCGACCAAGAAAGACUCGAAUUUCCUCCUUCGCCCAAGGGACCUUUAUUGCAGAGGUUAAAGGAGCGCAAGGAGUACUGGAUAACUAAACACAAUGAAGAACUUUCAUCACUUGACAAUUAUUUAGGUUACAAACAACACAUUGGCGAUCUUCCCCAAGAAAUUGAUAAAGAUACCUGGAGGCAGAAUCGCAUUUCAGAUCUGAACGAUGAACUGGAGGAACGAAUAGAAAACGACCGGGAAGCAUGUCAUAAAGGAAAUAUGGAAGUCAUCUGUCCAUAUUGCUGCUGCAUGCUGUCCAGCGCAAUUGUGAUGAAUGACCAUCGGUGGAUAGACCAUGUGAAACAUGACCUCGACCCAUAUCUUGCAUUGAAGUCUCUUCCAUUCACGGAUGAUGGAGAGGGGGAGGAGGGCUCUAGCAAAGCCGCUAUCAUUUCCGAGGAAAUGGACCGGCAGAGUCAAGGCACCUUUGGCACCUUUGUUAAUCCUGAUUAUGGGACUCCAUUAGAUUUUGAGGACACGGAUAUUGCUGCAAUGCAUUAUGACGAUCCCAAGUCUCUAUACAUCCUAGAAGAGCAUCCACGAGAUGGCCCACUGAGCACACAUUUUGUUGGCAUACGCAAGAAGAGUGCUAGAAUUGAGAUCCCAGCCGAGCGUACGCUCAGCAAUAUCGACCAGUUGAUCGCCCAGUCGACCAAUGAGGACGAGAUUAAAGAACUCAAGCAGCAGAAGCGUCUCCUUCGGAAUAGGCAAGCAGCACUUGACUCUCGCCAACGGAAAAAGCUUCAAAAAGAGGACCUGGAAAGAGAAAAGAAGCAGUACACCACUGGGAUGUUUGACUCCGAAGAUGCCUUUCUAGCUCGGACAAGAAUUAGCGGAGUGGCAGUCGCAGGUCUUGAUGACGCCGAUCAUCUCUCACCAAACCAGAGACGCAAGCCAGCUGUAGGAGGAUUAAGCGGAGCGGCAGUUGCAGGGCUUUCACAACACAUCCGCAACAAGAACAAAGGUCUUGAUUACGCCCAAGAGGGGAUGGCUGAACUACUUUCCGACAGUGCAGUUGAAGACUUUCUUAAAGAUGAAAGCCCUGAUUGA